UCCCGGCUCAUGCUCAUUCUCAGCACAAGCAGUAGCUAGCUAGCAACUCUGAUCACAUCGCCGGGGAAGAAAAGUAGGAGGAGAUCGAUGGCCAAGCCAAGCGCCGCUCCGGUGACCGGCGUCCCCGUCGGCUCCGCCGCCUGGUCCACCGGCCUCUGCGACUGCUUCGACGACUGCGGCCUAUGCUGCUUGACGUGCUGGUGCCCGUGCAUCACGUUCGGGAGGGUGGCGGAGAUGGUGGACAGGGGCUCGACGUCGUGCGGCACCGGCGGCGCGCUGUACGGGCUGCUGUGCGCGUUCACCGGGUGCCAGUGGAUCUACUCCUGCACCUACCGGGGCAAGAUGCGCACUCAGUACGGGCUCGCCGAAGCCGGCUGCGCCGACUGCUGCGUCCACUUCUGCUGCGAGCCAUGCGCGCUGUGCCAGGAGUACCGCGAGCUCGUCGCCCGCGGCUACGACCCCAAGCUCGGCUGGCACCUCAACGCCGACCGCGCCGCCGCCGCCGGCGCCGCUCCCGCCGUGCAGUACAUGGGCCGCUAAAUAGCGUACUUGGACUGUGAAAUAAGAGUUGUUCAGUUAAACAAAAGUGAUUUGUUCCGGUCAAAAAAAAUCUCAAGAUAUUGGUAUCUCACAGUAUCAAAUCGUUUCUGAUUGUUGAAUUUAGCUGGACAGGACGAUGAGCAUUGUUAGAUUCAUCGAUCGGAAACUAUUUGAUACCGUGAGGUAUCAGUACCAUGUGAUACUUUUUAUUUGGACCGGAACAAAUCUCUAAACGAAAAGUAUCCGGAACAAAUUUCUUUUAGAGUAUCCAGUUAAAAAUUUUAAUUACCCGUGGUAAAUUACGUGUGUUUUAUUUGAUAUCUACGACUAUAGUCAUGGGAUUAAGUUUGUAAAUGCGUGUUUGGUGAUGCGUGGUCUCAGCUUUUGUUUGUAAUUUUCUCCAGUUUAAUGGAUUUCUGAUUGUACUCUCCAAAUUAGCCGGCCUGCCCCUUGUUUCGGGGCAAAAUAAUAAAUGAAUAAUUUCGUUGAAAA